AUGGCUGGUCGUGUCCACCCAUUUGCGCUGACCUGGGUGGUCGAACGUCAAGAUGGUCUGGAGGAGUCUGUGGAUUGCGGUCUCCUUGCAUACACCAUCCCGGCUCUUAUCGUGCGCGACCAAGGCUAUCAGCCGAUAUUGCCUCGGAGUCUAUCUGCGACCGAUCAGUUUCCUCUUUCAUCCCCAAUUGUCAGUUUUACCGGCCCUGUCGUAGGCCCAGGCCCCGCCCUCCUGCAUAAGGAAUCUGUGCCCGCCUUGGACGAUAUCCAGCUCAAGUGCUGCGGCUUCGUCCAGCUGACCGCAUUUCUUGCCCCCGGAAAUCCUAACAAGACGCCGUAUAGAGGCUUCCAUCUCUUCCAGGUCUUUGUCAUCUUCCCCAUCCGCGCGAAUCCGUGGGCCUCGCUUUGCAAGAAGAUGGCCGAGAGGCGAGAUACCUAG